CGCAGUGGCAGGAGGACUGGCGAACGCAGAGGCUGCGGAGCUCAAGAAGGCCAUGGGGCGCACCGUCUCAGAGCUCAUCUCAUCGCUUGUGGGGCUGUGGUUGUUGCUCUGCAGUUGGGGGUGCCCCGGGAGCGCCGAGCUGCGGUCCCCGCCAGAUAAGAUCGCGAUUAUUGGAGCCGGAAUCGGUGGCACUUCAGCAGCCUAUAUUCUGCGGCAGAAAUUUGGGAAAAAUGUGAAGAUUGACGUGUUUGAAAGAGAAGAGGUGGGGGGCCGUCUGGCCACUAUGAAAGUGCAGGGGCAAGACUAUGAGGCAGGAGGUUCCAUCAUCCAUCCUUUAAAUCUGCACAUGAAGCGUUUUGUCAAAGAUCUGGGAGGGAAUAUGGAAGUCAGUUUGGUUCUUAUGACACUAUUUCCCUUCUGUAUACAUCCCCUUCUUGUUUGGUGUUUAAUGGCCAUUUUUCUUCUUUUCAAAAGGAUCUACCGCUACCAAUCUCAUGAGUAUGCCUUCAGCAGUGUAGAAAAAUUACUACAUGCUAUAGGAGGGGAUGAAUUCCUUGGACUGCUUAACCGAACACUUCUUGAAACCUUCCAGAAAGCAGGCUUCUCUGAGAAAUUCCUUGAUGAAAUGGUUGCUCCUGUCAUGAGGGUCAAUUUUGGCCAAAGCACAGGCCUCAAUGCUUUUGUAGGGGCAGUGUCACUGUCCUGUUCUGAUUCUGGCCUUUGGGCAGUAGAAGGUGGCAAUAAGCUUGUUUGCUCAGGGCUCCUUCAGGCUUCCAAAAGCAAUCUUAUAUCUGGCUCAGUAAUGUACAUAGAGGAGAAAACAAGGACCAAGCAGACAGGAAAUCCCACAGAGAUGUAUGAAGUGGUCUACCAAAUUGGAUCUGGGACCCGUUCAGACUUCUAUGACAUCGUCUUGGUGGCCACUCCGUUGAAUCACAAAAUGUCCAAUAUUACUUUUCUCAACUUUGAUCCUCCAAUUGAGGAAUUCCAUCAAAACUACGAACAUAUAGUGACAACUUUAGUUAAGGGAGAAUUGAAUUCAUCUGUCUUUAGCUCUCGGCCCAUGGAUAACUUUGGCCUUGGUACAGUUUUAACCACCGAUAAUUCAGAUUCAUUCAUUAACAGUCUUGAGACUAUGUACUCUGUAAGGAAAAAGGAAAAUCCUCAACCAUCAACAGAUGGAACAUAUGUUUGGAAGAUGUUUUCCCCAGAAACUCUUACUGAAGCACAAAUUUUAAAGCUCUUUUUGUCCUAUGAUGAUGCUGUGAAGAAGCCAUGGCUUGCAUAUCCUCACUAUGAGCCCCCAGAGAAAUGCCCCUCCAUCAUACUUCACGAUCGACUGUAUUACAUCAAUGGCAUGGAGUGUGCAGCAAGUGCCAUGGAAAUGAGCGCCAUUGCAGCCUACAAUGCUGCGCUCCUUGCCUAUCACCGCUGGAAUGGACACACAGACAUGAUUGACCAGGAUGGUUUAUAUGAGAAACUUAAAACUGAGCUAUAAAAUGACACUAUCUCUUUUUUCCUCUCCUAGUUCCAAAUGAGUAUCACUGGCAAAAAGGACAAAG